AUGGCAGGCGUGGCGACUGCGGCGUACUCCACGGAUCUCUCGUCCGGCGGCGUAGACGGCUCUCAGUGGGAUUAUGCGGUACCACUCGGCAGUGAGGAACUUUCCUAUGCCUCCAAGUCUCGGACCUCCCACGACUCGACCAAUGUCCGCGCGAGAUCCUCGAAAAAACGCAACUCCAAUAACUCGCGAAGUUCGUCCGUCUCCCGAAGCGCCGGUCGGGGUCGUCGCGACCCCAGCCUUAACCGGUAUGGAAGCGAAAUGCUUAGUAUGCAGGACACCUUCGGCCACGAUGGCACCAGAGAUUUCGUCGUGAGCAAGGACGGCACCCGAAUUUACCAAGAGGAUAUCGACCAGGAGAAUUGGAUCCACCGCGACAAGCUUGCCAAGAUUGAAAGCGAAGAGCUGCAACAAGCCGCUUUUCUCUUCCAACGCCGCACCCGUGCAGACACCAGGUCGAGCGCGGGGCGAGGGCGGGCCCAUGACUCCCACCAAGAGCAGUCGUCUGAGCCGUGGCCCGAGUUGCGGGAGGAAAAUGAUAGAGGUGACGGUGCGGACAUCGAUGAUGAGCGGAAGCACUGGGAUCUCCGUCGGCCCGAAGAGAUUGCCGCUGAAGAAGCGGCCUCGAGCAUCUACGGCAACCCGACCUUGCGCAAGAGCUCUUCCCGAAUACCGAUAUCUACAGCAAGUCCAGCUCCCCUUGUGCCGUCACGCAGUCGUGCGGCGACGGAUGAAAAUGACGAAGAGGCCUCUCGUGGUCGUCGAGCCAGCGGACCCAUGACCAUUGAGACCGAGAAUUCUACUCCUUCUCCUGUCAGCCGGCCAGGAAGUCGCGCUGCUACUGCAACCCCGACCACGCCAGCGAAGAAGACUCCAGGAAAAGUCACCACAGGAUCUGCCAAUCGCAAAACAUCCGCUCCGCCUACGAACCGCAAGAACACCAACUCCAACAACACAAGGUCGCGUGCGACAUCAAGCAACAACACCACGCAACGUCCUACCACUCGUUCUGGCGAGAGCCGCCCCACGACUGGAGUCAACCGGCCCGAGGGAGACCCGCCGUGGCUGGCAACGAUGUACAAGCCAGACCCUCGUCUGCCUCCGGAUCAGCAGAUGCUCCCCACGCUUGCCAGAAAGAUGCAGCAGGAGCAAUGGGAGAAGGAAGGCCGAACUCCCACCACAUACGAUCGCGACUUUGCGCCUCUUGCCGUCCACCCGAACGACGAGCCUCCCGUGGUACCAGCCAAGGAGGAAAAGCCAGCCGCCGACCCCGAACCUCCGCGCAAAGACGAAGCGCUCAAACCGCCCACGAGCCCCGAGCCAGCGCGGCCCAAUACCAGCACCGGCUACAGCACCAUGCCAAAGGUCGCGAGCACGCCCCCGUUGGGAUUUGCUCACAAUCCCAACUGGAACCCACCGGUAGUGACCGCGGAAGAAUCCAAAAAGAAGGAAAAGGGCUGCGGAUGCUGCAUUGUGAUGUGA